AUGCCGUACAUUGAAGAGUUCUCUCCUCAAACAAUAACUGAUUUUGUUUGCAGCCUGAUAACAAAGUUCUACCAGCACAUCCUCGCCUUGGUGUUUGCCAUCCAUGAGAUCAACAAGAACCCCAAUAUCUUGCCCAAUGUCACUCUUGGGUUCCACAUCCAUGACUCCUACAUAUAUCUGAAAUGGACUUACAGGACCACCCUAGACCUACUCUUCACAUCACGUGAACUUGUCCCAAACUACAAGUGUGGCACCCAGAAAAAAAUGAUCGGUGUCAUUGGGGGAUAUAGUUCCGAAACCUCAACUGACAUGGCAACUCUCUUAAGUCGCUACAAGAUCCCACAGUUUUCAUUUGGCUCAUUUGAAUCAGCAGUGGAUAACCCAACCAGUCUCCCACCCUUUUACCGCACGGUCCCCCAGGAAGUCCUUCAGUAUGAGGGAAUUGUCCAGCUAUUUCUGCAUUUUGGCUGGAAAUGGGUUGGGCUCUUCACUAUGGAUAAUGAAGUAGGAGACCGUUUUUUGCAGGCAUUAGAGCCUAUGCUUUCCAGGAAAGGAAUCUGUGUGGCCUUCAGAGAAAAAGCCAUAAUACAGAUCGUGUGGGAUGGCAUACAGUUUAUAUUAAAAUAUUUCGACAGUAGUAAUACAGAUUUCUUGGAUAGCAAAGCCAAUGCAAUUGUUCUACAUGGAGAAAGUGCAACCCUUGCCUGGCUGGCCACCAUUAUCUCUAUUCCCACAAUUUUAAUGGAUUUAACAGGUUCUGAUUAUGUGGUGAGAACCUCUACAGGAAAGGUGUGGAUUACAACAGCCCAGAUUGACUUUGCAUUCACUAUUUUGCAAAAGAUAUCAAAUAUACAAAUAUUCCAUGGUGCUCUUUCCUUCACGAUUCAUUCAAAGGACAUCCUAGGAUUCCAUACAUUGCUCCAACAAAUAAAACCUUCCCAGACAGAGGGGGAUGGUUUUAUCAAGCAAUUCUGGGAACAAGUCUUUCAAUGUACGUUACCAGAUUACAUUAAUCCAACAAAUUCAGAAGACACAUGCACUGGAGAGGAGAGAUUGGAGACUGUCCCAACACCUUUUUUUGAAAUGAGCAUGAGUGGCCAUAGCUACAGUAUCUAUAAUGCUGUCUAUGCCAUUGCACAUGCUCUACACAUCUUGGCGUCUGCCAGAACCAACCACAGAGGCAUGGAGGAUGACGGCAGCCUGGCUUCUCUGAAUGUGCCACCUUGGAAGAGAAUCGCUUUCAACAACAGUGCUGGAGAUGAAGUGACCUUUGACGAACAUGGAGAAUUGAAAGGUGGAUUUGAUAUUACCAAUUUGGUCACUUUUCCAAAUGAGUCCUAUGUCAGAGUCAAGAUCGGGAGGCUGGAUCCUCAGGUUCCAAUUAGUAAAAGAUUUACCAUCGACGAGGACAGAAUUAAGUGGAACAGACACCUCGCACAGCUGCCUCCCUUAUCUGUGUGUAAUGACAACUGCAAGCCUGGUUACAGCAAGAAAAAGAAGGAAGGGGAGCCAUUCUGCUGCUAUGUUUGUGAUUCAUGUCCGGAAGGGAAGAUUUCAGACAAAGAGGACAUGGAUUCUUGCAUGACUUGCUAUGAAGGUCAAUAUCCAAACCUGGGACAAGAUCAAUGCAUUCCCAAGAUUCCAAAUUUCCUUUCCUUUGCUGAACCCUUGAGCAUGAUUUUAGCCGUUUUGGCUCUCUUCUUUUCUCUGAUCACAGCCCUGGUGCUUGCAAUCUUUGUCAAGUACAAGGACACUCCCAUCGUUAAAGCCAACAACCGGAGCCUCACCUACUGUCUACUCAUCUCUCUCUUUCUCUGCUUCCUCUGCUCCUUACUCUUCAUCGGAAGGCCCAACAAGGUGACCUGCCUCCUCCGACAAACGACUUUUGGCAUCAUCUUCUCAGUUGCUGUUUCUUCCGUCUUGGCAAAAACUGUUACAGUCAUUGUGGCAUUUAUGGCCUCUAAACCAGGAAACGUUUUUCGAAAGUGGGUGGGGAAACAAUUCGCAUGUUAUAUUGUUAUCUUUUGCUUCCUUGUUCAAAUUGGCAUAUGUGCUGUUUGGCUGGAGUCUUCUCCUCCCUUCCCAGAUGUGGACAUGCAUUCACUCAGUAGAGAAAUCAUCGUGCAAUGCAAUGAAGGAUCAGCCACCAUGUUUUAUUGUGUUUUGGGCUACAUGGGCUUACUGGCCUCAGUCAGUUUCAUGGUGGCUUUCCUCGCCAGAAAGUUGCCUGACAGUUUCAACGAAGCCAAGUUCAUCACCUUCAGCAUGUUGGUCUUCUGCAGUGUUUGGCUGUCCUUUGUCCCCACCUACCUGAGCACUCAAGGAAAAGACAUGGUGGCCGUGGAGAUCUUCUCCAUCUUAGCUUCCAGUGCUGGCUUACUAGGCUGCAUCUUUUCCCCCAAAUGCUAUGUGAUUAUCCUGAGGCCUGAGUUGAACAGAAGAGAGCAGCUGAUCAGGAAAAAGCAUUAA